AUGCAAAGCACUUUUCUUACUCUCCUAGGGCUUCUGCCUGUUCUUAUCAAUGCUCAGUUGUCGGGAUCUGUCGGGCCUCUCGUUGACUAUACAACAAAAGCCCAGAAUAAGACAUGCGAUGUUACCAAUUACGGUGCCGUCGCUGAUGGAGAGACUGAUAUUGCCCAUGCUCUCCUGAGUGCAUGGGCCGAUUGCGCUACUGGGGGUUUGGUUUAUAUUCCCCCUGGAGAGUAUUCGAUGAAAACCGCCAUUGCGCUCAAACAUGGACAGUCAACCGCGAUACAGCUCGAUGGUAUCAUAACUCGAGGUGCAGAUCUGGCGUACCAGAUGAUUCUGGUCCGCGACACAAGUGAUUUCGAGUUUUUCAGCGGCAAUUCCAAAGGUGCCAUCCAGAGCAAUGGUGAAAUUUAUAACAUCCUUAUUUGGGUCCAUGAUGUUGAAGUCACCAAUGGAGAUGAAUGUGUCACGAUCGAGUCUCCUGCCACGAACAUGUUGAUCGAAAAUAUCUAUUGCAAUCUCAGUGGUGGGACCGCUAUCGGAUCACUCGGUACCAUGACAAACAUCAGCAACAUCCAUUAUCGGAAUCUCUACAUGAAUUCAGCAGACGCGUGCUACUUGAAAACAAACAACGGCAAUGGCACCGUCAGUAACAUCAUUUGGGAAGACCUGAUUGUCCACGGUGGUCCAUAUCCGCUUACCAUGAACGAGGCGUGGGGCGCCGAUUCCGGUUCUACUGGUGUCCAGCUUCGGAAUUUCACAUUCAAGAAUUGGCAUGGCGAGAAUUCCGCAAACAGUCGCCUAACAAUUCGCCUCGAGUGUGAUUCCGAUGUUCCUUGCUACGAUAUCACAGUGGAUAAUGUCAAUCUGUGGACUGAUGAUGGCGACUACGUCUACUGGAGCUGCCAAAACGCGUAUGGAUCUGGUGCUUGUCUCGCUGAAGCCGACAGCAACGCCGCUCUUGCGACAUACACUACCGUUGUAACCGUUACUGCCACUCCGUAUGUACAGAUUGCAUGUGGUUUUCUGGGGCCAAGACUGACUUUGACAAUGAAUGAUAGAUCACAUUCUGCCCCUACGAUGGCGGGCGACUUAACGGCUGCUCCUCCUUCGGACUCCCCAUUCACCAUUCCGCCGAUGCCAACCAGCUUCUACCCAGGAGCGACUCUAGUAUCUACGCUUUUGAGCCUAAGUGCUGCGGGAGGCCUGUGA